UUUUUUUUUUUCUUUUUUGAAGUAUACUUUAUUUUAUAGUGUUGGGUCGUUAUAAUAUUUUACAAUUUACAUGUUCUAAACGAUGGAUAUGAAGUUUUUUUAUUAAAAAACAUCUGUUGCAUAGUCCAUAAUCUAGCAUCUAUAUUCCUAUAUAUACACACACAAUCAAUCGCUCGACUGUGCACUUUAGAAAAGGCGGGAAAAAAGCAAGAAGAAGAUGGGAGGGUGGUCUCACCCAGAGAUUUCACUGGAAGACUUAUUGAAAUUGAUCAAAGGGUUUGUUGAUAUCUUGAUUUUAGCUUCUGGGUAUCAAUCAUCUGGUCGCUUUGCUCAUUGGGAUCCGCUAAACAUUAAAAAAGCUUUCCAAUGGGGUCUUUUCUUCGAGAAUGUGUUUGAGAGUAUAGAUGGCAAUCAAGACUCCAUUUCUGAACUCGAUGCAGCCUUAUCUAAACUGACAUCCGAUCCUCAUUUUCCACAGGGUCUUACACAUAUAUCAUCCACUACACUUGGUAAAGCAAGAUUUUUUAUACUUGAACAUUUUAUUCGCACACUACCAAUGAGGGAUGAACAUCUCAAAUCAGUUCUAAAAGCAACCAUUGAAAUGGAUCUUGAUGAACUUCAAAGGACAGAAACCGAUUACUUGGAUGUAUAUCUUGACAAGUUGAAGCUGCAAAACACAACAAGAAGUCCUGAAGCUUCUGUCGAGGAGGGUAAAAUGGACUUUUCUCCUAGGCCUUCUCCCAACUUGACAGCAUUUGCUAUUCAAGGAAUCACAAAAAGGCAACUUGCAGUUUCAUGUGUUUCAUCAAUAGAGACAAGUGUUGAUGUUGUUUCUAAGACCAUAGCACAAGGAACCUCAAAUGAGCUUCAAGAACAACAAAAAGCUUAUGUGUGGAGUAAUUGGCGGAUGAAAACCCUUACAUAUCUACUUGAUAAGCAGACUAUCAGAUUAGUUUCAGGUGCAAGCAUGAUUUUUUCUGCCCCUAAGAUUCAGUGGAUACAGGUUUUUGAACAGUUAGAUACAUCAAGUGAAGAAAUUGAGACAUUUGAGCUGUUACUGAUGGGAUGUAUAUCAAGGAGAUGGAAUCAUGUAAUUAAACAAUUUAUGUCGAGUUGUAAUGAACCUUUUAGUAUCUACACACUAUACGAAGGAGUACACAACUUGAUCUUGAAAAGAUUUCAAAAUGUCAAAUUAAUGGAGGAAACAAAGGACUCAAAGUUCAAGGAACAUGAGAUUGUUGAGUAUCUUGAUGCAAAAUUAAGCAAUCAAAUUCAUAGAUUGUGGGAAAUCCCUCCUGCACUUGUAGCAUCAUCUCUUCCUCCCUGGUCUCGUUUAUUUGAAGCAUAUGCAAGUGAGUUAUUGAGUCAAUUCAAAGGAAAAACUACUAAGAUUCGAUGCUGCAGUUGUAGUGAUGGUGACAAGGAACACACAGAAUGUGAAGUAGCUGAGAGGAUUUGGUGCCUCUACAUUUUUCAUGUAUCAAAAAUCCAGACUUGAUGUCCCUUGAAAAACUUCAUGUGGAAGCUAAGAGGGCAUUAUCGAGGGAAGAACAGCAAACGUCUAGACCUGCAAGCAAUGUUGGGAGGAGCUCCGGUGGGGCAGGGACAGGAGGAAAUUACAGAACUAAAAAGAUAUUUGUUGGCGGUUUACCUUCCA